AUGGCGACCAUCACGCAAACAGCCCUCGAGCGAGCAGAGUUCCCAAUCAAGGGGUCAAAUGUCACAUUUCAUGACCUGCCCACACCAGAAGAACCAGAUAUUCCAUUACCUCCACCAUCAGUCAAUCCGACCAGUAUCUUAGAAGUUGACAAGGGAACUCCGGAUAGCCAUGUACCUCGCGAUCCGCGUCUCAUUCGGUUGACAGGUGUACAUCCUUUCAAUGUCGAACCACCCCUCACUGCGUUAUACAAAGAGGGAUUUCUCACCUCACCCGAACUAUUUUAUGUUCGAAACCACGGCCCAGUACCCGAAGUGCAUGAUGAAGAUAUCCCAACAUGGGAGCUGAGCAUCGAAGGACUAGUGGAGAACCCAAUAGUCCUGAACUUCCGUGAGAUUCUGCAAAAAUAUGAUCAGAUCACCGCACCAAUCACACUCGUCUGCGCAGGUAAUCGGCGAAAAGAACAGAAUACGGUUAGGAAAUCCAAAGGUUUCUCGUGGGGCCCAGCCGGUCUCUCUACAGCCCUUUUCACGGGGCCAAUGAUGGCGGAUUUAAUCCGCAGUGCAAGGCCACUUCGUCGAGCAAAGUAUGUUUGUAUGGAAGGUGCCGAUAAAUUGCCUAAUGGUUUCUAUGGAACGUCCGUGAAGUUGAACUGGGCUAUGGAUUAUAACCGAGGCAUCAUGUUAGCGCAUAAGAUGAAUGGAGAGCCCCUUCGACCCGAUCACGGACGUCCCCUGAGAGCCGUAGUACCAGGUCAAAUCGGAGGGCGAAGUGUCAAGUGGCUGAAAAAGCUUAUCAUUACCGACGCUCCAAGUGAAAAUUGGUACCACAUUAACGACAAUCGAGUAUUACCAACAACGGUGACGCCUGAGAUGGCUGCCGAAGACAAGAAAUGGUGGACUGACGAAAGAUAUGCCAUCUACGACCUGAAUGUGAACUCCGUUGCGGCAUUUCCGGAACACGAAGAGGUGCUAGACCUGGCCACGGCUGGUCCGACUUAUACUGCAAAGGGGUACGCAUAUGCCGGUGGGGGCCGACGAAUUACCAGAGUUGAGAUAUCAUUAAAUAAAGGAAAAUCAUGGCGGCUCGCCGAUAUCGAAUACGCAGAAGACAAGUAUCGAGAAUGGGAAGGUAAUCUCUUUGACGGUAAAGUGGACAUGUGGAGGCGAGAAACGUGUUUCUGCUGGUCUUUCUGGUCAUUGAAUAUCCCUGUUCCAGACUUGGAAAGUAGUGAUGCGUUGCUUGUGAGGGCUGUCGAUGAAGCCUUGGCAACCCAGCCACGAGAUAUGUACUGGUCGGUCUUGGGUAUGAUGAACAACCCAUGGUUUCGAGUGACAAUCACGAAAGAUGGCAAUUCACUGAAGUUCGAACAUCCUACACAUCCAGUAAGAAGUGGUGGGUGGAUGGAAAAAGCGAAAAAGGCCGGUGGAGAUCUGCUCAAUGGUAAUUGGGGCGAGCGACAUAAAGGCGAACAACCCCUUGAGCCGGAGCCCGUGAAGGAGAUAAAUAUGAAGAAAGAAGGAAUAGAUCGCCAGAUCAAUCUCCAAGAAUUGAAAGAGAACAGCAGCAGUGAAAAGCCUUGGUUCGUGGUCAAUGGAGAGGUGUAUGAUGGCACAGGGUUCCUAGAAGGACAUCCUGGCGGAGCGAUCAGCAUCACCUCAUCCGCGGGACUUGAUGUUUCGGAGGAUUUUAAUGCAAUUCACAGCGAAACUGCCAAAUUAAUGAUGGCAGAUUAUCACAUCGGCACCCUGGACAAGGCAUCUCUAGAGGCCCUGAAUAGCAGUGACAAGGCUGUUUCAAAUGAGCCACGCCCACACUUCCUUCAAUCAAGAGCCUGGUCCAAAAUGACAUUGGUCGAGAAGAACGAUGUCUCUUGGGAUACCCGAAUAUUUGUAUUCGAAUUGGAGCAUGACAAGCAAACCUUAGGGCUACCAAUUGGCCAGCACUUGAUGAUCAAAGUGCAAGACCCAGAAAACAAGAAAGAAGCAAUCAUCCGCUCGUAUACGCCGAUUUCCGAAACAAAUAUGGAAGGGCGUAUGGAGCUACUUGUCAAGGUUUAUUUCCCGACUUCGAACAUUCCGGGAGGCAAGAUGACUAUGGCAGUGGACAUGCUGUCUUUGGGAUCUCAAAUCGACUGCAAGGGCCCGACUGGUCGGUUUGAGUAUCUCGGAAACGGACGAGUCUUGAUCAGCGGGAAAGAGAGGAAUCUUCGCUCUUUCAAGAUGAUUUGUGGCGGAACGGGUAUCACUCCAGUGUUUCAAGUUCUCCGUGCUGUCAUGCAAGACGCUCAAGAUCCCACCACUUGCGUGGUAUUGGAUGGUAAUCGCUUGGAGGAAGAUAUUCUCUGUCGAUCUGAACUUGACGCCUAUGUUGCAGAAAACAAGUUGAAAUGCACCGUUGUUCAUACUUUGUCGAAAGCAUCCGAUUCCUGGCAAGGUCGCCGGGGUCGAAUUUCCGAGGACCUGCUGAAAGAGUUUGCUGCUCCGGAAGAAGCCAGCAUGGUUCUUCUCUGCGGGCCCGAAGCAUUGGAAAAAUCUGCGAAGAAAAUCCUCCUUGCUCAGGGUUGGUCAGAAUCAGAUUUGCAUUUCUUUUAA